GUCGCUCCAGGCCCACCCGUACCGCCAGGUGGGCGUCACCUGGACGCCGUCCCACCAGGAGGACGAAGGGGAACCGAUGGUCUCCCAUUUCCUCGCAGCGGGCAACUGCUGCGCCGACAGGCUCGCCAACCUCGGUGCCGGGGCGGCUGCAGCCUCAGCCGACCGCAGCACGCCUCACGCGGACCGCUGGGACGUCAUCGCCUCGCAGGUCAGGCGGCGGGCCCGCCAAGCCCUGCUCGACGCGGCGGGCGGCGACCCAUGGCUAUCGGAGAGGCCCGCGGCGGAGCAGGUGGCCCGCCCCUCUGCCCUCCAACGGGCCAUCGACGACUCGCAGCACCAGCUCGUCACCGUGGGCCAGGGCAAGUGGAAGCGCCUGCUUUGCCGGCAGCUCUUCCCCGCGGCUACGCUUCAUGAGGCGGCUGCUUCCGCUUGCACCGCCACGGAAGCGGACUGGGCCUCGUUCGACCACGUCCGCAAAGUCUCCGCCGGCAUGCAGAUCGCCAUGGGGACGGGCGUGGUUCACGCCUCCCACCGCCUCUACGAGUGGCCAGCCAACAGCCUGUACUUCUGCGGCGUCUGCGGGGCUCACGGCACCACGAUGGGCAUGGGGCUGCGAGGCGAGUGCAAGGGCGAGACCACCCGCAAGACGGACGAGGCCCUCAGGAGGAUCGCCAAGGGCGUCUACCCGUCGCACCAGGGGCCGCCCAAGCCCGUCAUCGAGGCCAAGGCGAUUUCCGCCACGAUCGCCCACGUGGUCGGCGGCGGACUGGCCCCCGCGGACCCCGCGAUCCCCGAGGACCUCCCCGAGGCCGGCACCAUGGAGCACCCGCUCGAGGCGGUCAUCGGCAUCCUCCAUGGCCAGGCGCUCCAGGCGGCCCAGCGCCCCUCCCGCAAGCAGGCUCGGGAGCCAGACCGGCCCCAGCCGACUGCUCGGCGGAGGCGGCGCGCGUCCUCGGACCCCGGGGCGGGGCAAGGGGAGAACGCCACCGCGGCGGCCACGGUGGCCACCCCGCGCGCCCCCAGCGGGCGGUCCGGGCGGGCCUGGCAGGCCCAGGAGCUCCCGGCGGCGGCACCAGCGCCAUUGGUGGGCCAGAGGCGCCGCCGCAGCCAGACUGAGGUUACCGUGCAGGCGACAGGCGGUCCCCUCGGUCCUCGCCUCUGGCUGCCCGACCACACGUCCCCGCUCUCGGGUGCGGUCGCGGCGUACUGCGCGGCGACGCCCGAGGCCGGUGGCCCAGCAGGUCCAGAGCGGGAACCCGAAGUGGUCAAGUCCCCGGCGCCUCGCGGGCCCGCCGCCGGGCCCGCCCGCGGGCAGUCGGCGCCGGCUGCGCAGCGGCUCGACGCGGCUCGACGCCCGCCGGCGCGCCAACGCGGCGCCUCUCGGCCCCCCGAGCCGCUGGCCGCGCUGCUGCUGCAGGGCGCCGCCGGAGUCGGCCCGGAGGGCUCGCCUGCCUCCCUCGCGGGGGCCGCCUGCGGCGCGGCUGCUGGGGUCGCUGGAGACGGCCCUGCUGGGGGCGCCGCCCGGUGGGAUGACGGCCCGGGGCUCCGUCUUCCCACCUCCCCGGGGGCCGCUGGCCGCGCUGCCGCUGGGGGCAGCGCUGCCGCUGGGGCUGACUCUCGGGCCCCGCCCGAGUCGCCGGGGGCUGUUGCGCGCCGCUGGAGGCUCGAGGGAGCCGCCGAGGGCUCCGGCGCCGCCACCGCCGUCGACGACACCGCCCCGGCUGCGCAGCGGCUCGACGCGGCUCGACGCCCGCCGGCGCGCCAACGCGGCCCUCCCCGUUGGCGCGGGUCUGGGCCCCCCGCCGAGCCUGCCGCGGGCGCGCCCGAGGCCGCCGGCCCGGCAGGCCCAGUGCGGGAACCCGAAGUGGUCAAGUUCCCGGCGGCUCGCAGGCCCGCCGCCGGGCCCGUGGCACAGCGGGAGGAAGGCCCCACGGCCUCGGUGGCAGGCGAGCGCACCUUAGCCCAGAAG